AUGGAGAUUUCGUCAAAUCAAACUGUGUUUUGCUCGAAUCAAGCUCAGUUUUCCUCAAAUCAAGCUAAUUUUCGCGAAGUUGCUGACAUUCAAUCAUCAUCAGGCAAUUCUGUUUAUAUUGAUGUUGUUGAUAAUGUUUGUGAUACUACUGUUCAUGAUUUUGUUGAGGAUUGCUUAGAAGGUUUUGAUGAGUCAAUUAGUAGAAGCUCUAAAGUGUGGAAUCCUAAAGUUUCUGAUGACAAACUUAAACCAUAUCCUGGUCAACUGUUUAAAGACAUUGAGUCGGCUUUUAAGUUCUAUACUGAUUAUGGCAGAGAUGGUGGAUUUGAGGUUCGUAAAUCAACACAAAAAGUCAGGAAUGGUAUUAUAGUUACCAAGUACAUAAUUUGUUCUAAAGGAGGGCAUCACGAUACAUCCAUGACAAAGGAUGUUGAUGUUAAUUCAGAAUCAUCUCAUGCAUCAAAUAGUGUUCAACUGCAAGUCAAGAGGAGGAAGACGGUGACAAAGAGAUGUGACUGUCGAGCAAAAAUUAUUCUCAAGUACAAUGGUUUCAAUGCGUAUGUUAUUUCGUCAUUUAUCGAAGGUCACAACCAUCGUCUAGCAUCGCCAUCAGGAAAAGAAUUUCUACUUUGUAAUCGAUCUAUGACUUCAUUUCAGCGCCGAUUUGUUCUAGAUGCUGCGAAAUCAAACAUAGGCUCGUAUAGAGCUCACAAUUUGUUCAAGUCGAUAUCAGGAUCCUACUCUGAAGUUGGGGCAACCGCUGUUGAUUUUCAAAACUGGAUGAGAGAUAUAAAAUUAUAUAUUGGCAAACAUGAUUCUGAUAUGCUGAUACAGAAGUAUGGAAUGGUAUUCGUGCCUUUUAUUGGAGUAGAUAAUCAUUGGAAGAGUGUUACUUUUGCUUCUGCAUUACUAAAUCAUGAGAAUGCAACAAAUUUCACGUGGGCUUGUGAGAUGUUUCUUCAAGCAUUUGGCCGUCCACCAAAAUGUAUAAUAACUGAUCAGUGUCUUGGGAUGAAAGUUGCAAUUGCUAAUACAUUCCCACAUUCUAUUCAUCGUUAUUGUAUGUGGCAUAUAAUGCAAAAGUUCCCUGCCAAGGUUGGUCCUGUGUUCUGUGCAGAAACGGGAUUUAUGGAAAAACUCAAUAAGUUUGUUUGGUCCUCACAUUUGACUGUUCCUGAGUUUGAAAAAGGUUGGGAUGAUGUGCUUAAGGAAUUUGGAUUAAGCGAACAUGUCUGGUUGAAAGAGAUAUAUGCAAUGAGGGAAUCAUGGAUUCCUGCUUUCUUUGCGGACAAGCCAAUGGGAGCCUUAUUGAGAACAACCUCAAGGUCAGAGAGCAGUAAUUUCUACUUUAAUCAUUUCGUCCAAAAAGGGGAUACUCUUUCAGAGUUCUACUUGUGUUAUGAGAGUGCUAUUGACAAACAAAUUCAUGACCAAAACAAAUUGAACACCACUGACAAGAAUUGUAUUCCACAAUCUAUUACUGAGAAGGCUAUUGAAAAGCAUGCAGCUUGCCUUUAUACUCGAAGUAUGUUUUAUAAGGUUCAAAAACAAAUAAAAGCCAGUUGCUUUCAUAUCAGUCUUGGUGGGCAACCAAUUGUUACUGAUGGCGUGAAUAAAUAUUUACUUUGUGAUAAGAGCUUGAAUGGUAAGUUGUUUGAGGUUGAAUUUUGUUUGUCAACAUAUGAUAUUAGCUGUUCCUGCAAGCUGUUUACCAGAGUAGGCUAUCUGUGUCGUCAUUGUUUCUAUUGUUUGAGUUUGUGGGGUGUUGAUAAAAUCCCACAUCAGUUCAUAUGUAAGCGUUGGAUGAGGAAUGCAGAGAGAUUUUGCAAAUUGAAGUUUACUGAUGAAAGCGAAUGUGCUACUGAUGGUCAUAUCAGUAGAGAAAUUGCAAUGAGGAUAUGGACAGAGUAUCGAGCUUGUGUUGAUAAUGUUUGCAAUAACCAGAAAGGUUUAGAGUAUUUGUUGGAUGAGAUGAAGUGCUUGAGGAUUAGAGUUGAAGAGAAAUUUGAUAAACGUCCGACAACAAAAGAUGAUAUGCUGGAAGAGAUUUUUGGUGUGAGGCCUUCAGGUUCAAGUAAUGUACUUCCAUCACUGCCAAGUAACAACAAAGGAUGUCGUAAAAGAAUUGUUGGUGCUGCAGAGUUAAGUCGUGAUGGGAAGAAAAGACCAACCAGGACAUGUAAAUUUUGUCAUACUCUUGGGUAUCAUGAUUCAUGCAACUGUCCGAAGAAACUCCUUGUUAAUCAGCAGAUUCCAACUAUUCCUAAUAUACAAAUAUCUCUUAGUCCUAGCUUUUACUCUCAAAAUAUGACUAGUUAG